GCAGCGGCGUGCGGGUAGGCGCUGCCCUGGACGGAAGAAGUCGAUCCCAAGGCAUUUCCGGUUCCGGUGUCAGUUCGAGGCGCCGCCGCCGCUGCAGCAGCCAGAGCCGAGAUGCCCAAAGGAGGUAGAAAGGGAGGCCACAAAGGCCGGGUGAGACAGUAUACAAGCCCUGAGGAGAUCGAUGCCCAGCUGCAGGCUGAGAAGCAGAAGGCCAACGAAGAAGAUGAACAAGAAGAAGGUGGAGAUGGGGCUUCAGGUGACCCCAAAAAAGAGAAGAAGUCUCUAGAUUCAGAUGAGAGUGAAGAUGAGGAUGAUGACUACCAGCAAAAGCGAAAAGGUGUGGAAGGGCUCAUUGACAUUGAAAACCCCAACCGGGUGGCGCAAACAACCAAGAAGGUCACACAACUGGAUCUGGAUGGGCCAAAGGAGCUUUCAAGGAGAGAACGAGAAGAAAUCGAAAAGCAGAAAGCAAAAGAGCGCUACAUGAAGAUGCAUUUGGCUGGGAAAACAGAGCAGGCCAAGGCUGAUCUUGCCCGGCUGGCAAUCAUCCGGAAACAGCGGGAGGAAGCAGCAAGAAAGAAAGAAGAGGAGAGGAAAGCAAAAGAUGACGCAACUUUGUCAGGAAAACGAAUGCAGUCACUCUCCCUGAAUAAGUAAGCUGGCCUGUGGGAGAUGCCAGGGAACUGGGCCGUGCCGCCAGGACCUCUGCCAUGUCUCACCCACCCUGUGCCCUGGCGCCGCUGCAGCAGCCCCUCAUGGCCAGGAGCCCCCACGGCCCGGGGCCUCCUCUUCAUCUUGGCACAGAAAUUGUUCAGGGGAU